AUGCCAUCAUUCCUCGAUGAUAACAUAAAACGCAACCCGCUCGGCAACCACAAGACGGCAGGCGGCGGCCGGAGAGCAUCAACGUCAUGGAACGGCCGCAUGACAUCUACAACUACAGUAAAACGCGAUGGGAAUGCGAAGAUGAUGGAGAGAGUCGUCCUGGAUCAUAAAAGAAACCAAAAGAGAGAAGCUAAACUUGUGAAGAAAGAGAAAGAAGUUGUUGUUAUAAAAGAAUUUCCUUCAUUGAAGAAUAGAUGUUCACCCGGGUCAUUGUUAGGUGUUAUUCAAGCUCUAAAUAGAGAACAGAAGGAGUGUGUUAGGGCUAUGGGAUUUGGGAGUUUGUUACGGAUGAAGAUGAUUGACGUACAGUUAAAGAUUGUUUAUUAUGUUCUUUAUCAUUUUAAUUUUGAAACUUUGAAGGUGGGGUUUGAGAAUUGUCAAGUUAGUGUUGAUAGUAAAUCUGUUCAUGAGAUGUUAGGAUUACCAUCUGGUGGCUCAUUACUUUCAAACAUGGAUUACAUUUCCGAGAAUAAUGAAGAGAGCUAUGUUAAUGAACCAUAUGUUGAAGAAGAAUGUCAAGAAUCUCAGUAUAAUGAGGAUGAAUCUGGUGGUGAUGAGGAUGAAUUUGAUGGUGAUGAGGAUUUAUGUGAUGAGAAUGAAGAAGAGUUUGAUGUUAAUAAAGUUAGUGUUGUGGAGGUGUAUGAAAAAGUAAAUCUUGAUGAAGAUUAUGGGAAUGAUUUUCUGAACGGUCAUGAAAAUAUUGAAGAUGAUGAUCAAGUGGAAUGGGGUGGUGCUGAGGGGGGUGUAAAUGGUUCAUAUGAGGACAAUAUUGAUAAUGAUUUGUUGAAUGAGAAAAAUGAUGAAGAUGAUGAACAAGGAAAUGGAAGUGAAUGCAAUGAAGAAGAGGCCAUGAAUUUAAAUUCUAUUGUCGAAAAUGUUACUAAGAGUGUUGGUCUAAUUGAUAGCCAGGAAGGUGUAUCUUUUAGUCAAUUCAUGUACGAUCCAGUUGUUGAAAGUUUUCUUAAAACUUUGGAUCAAGGUACUGCAAACUUGGUUGAUGGUUGUAUAAAUCAUAAACGAGUUGAUGAUAAUGUAAAUGGCAAUUUGACUGGGACUAUAAAUUUUGGUGAGGAUGAUCAUAACAAAGAAGUAAUUUCAGAUCAUACUGUUGAUAAAGUUAUUGUAGAAAAGAAGAAAGAAAAUGAAUUAAUUCAUCCAAGUUUAUUGAAAGGUUUUGUUGAAGUGUUAGUUGAAAUUUCUAAAGCAAAGAAUGAUGGAGAAGGUGUGGUAGAAGGUGAAGAUGUUGAAGUUGUUUCGGAUUUAGGGAAAGCAAUAGAAGAUUGUUCAAAUAAAAAUAAAGAUGGAGAAACUGCUAAAGAAGGUUUUCAAAUUAUACAAUGGAAGGAUUCAAAUGAGACUCAAUCAUUGAAAAAGGACAAAGCAGAAGAGAAAGUUGAGAAGUUUUAUGUUCUAAGUUUUAUCCUUGGAUUUAGUCAUGAUUCUCAAGGUUCCAAGAAGGCAUGUCAAAGUGAAAGUUCUCCUGAACGAAUGACAAACAAAAAGAUUAAGGAUAGAGUUUAUUUGGCAAAACCAAGUGCUAGGCCAAAACCAAAUUCUGAUGUUCCAAAUGUUGAUGUUAUUGAUGUUAGUCUAGUUUUUUUGCACCCCCUUUGGGUUCAUUAG